UUAGUGUUUUAGAAUUAUUUUUAAUAUAUUUUUGACUGAUUUUUAUAAUAAAAUUAGCAUAAAUUUUAACUUUUUAAUGUAAGUGAUACAAGUAGAGGUUAUUUACUUACAAGUUAUAUAGUAAAGUGCGUUAAGUGUGUGAAUGGUAUAAAAUCAAAACAAAUAAAGGAAACGAUACCAAAUAAAUACUAAGAAAAAAAUAUGAAUCGACGAAGAACAAAUAAUUUUACCUAUGUUAGUUCAUGUGUAAAAUAUAUGAUAUUUUUGCUAAAUUUUAUAUUUUGGCUUUUCGGUGGAUUACUCAUAGGCAUAGGAUUAUAUGCAUUCCUAGAUAAAUGGACAUUGACUGGUUCCAUAAAAUUAGAAACAGUUUAUGAUGUAGUUUUAAAUAUAUCACUUGUAAUGGUCAUCACUGGAGCGGUUGUAUUUCAUGUCAGUUUUGCUGGAUGCGUGGGUGCACUUCGUGAGAAUACAUGUUUGCUCAAAUACUAUUCCUUAUGUUUAUUAAUAUUCUUCUUAUUGGAAAUGGCAAUUGCAAUUAUGGCUUUUGUAUUUCCACAUACUAUGCAAUCAAUGUUAGAAGAAAGUUUCACGGAUAAAAUUAUCCAUACUUAUCGAGAGGAUGCUGAUCUACAAAAUUUUAUCGACUUUGCUCAAAAAGAGUUUCGCUGUUGCGGUUUAAGUAAUGAAGGUUAUAUGGAUUGGUCUAAAAAUGAAUAUUUUAAUUGCUCAUCUCCUAGUGUUGAAAAAUGUGGUGUGCCAUAUUCUUGUUGUAUUAAUGCCACUAGUAUCAGUUCUGGCUUAAUAAAUAUUAUGUGCGGUUAUGGAGUCCAAACUUUACCGGUUGCUGAAGCCAGUAAAAAAGUAUGGACUUCGGGAUGUAUUGAAAUUGUACGUUCAUGGGCUGAAAGAAAUUUAUAUUUCAUAGCUGGUAUUGCCCUCUGUAUUGCAUUAUCACAAUUAUUCGUUAUUUAUUUAUCAAAAGCAUUAGAAGGACAGAUUGAUUUACAAAAAUCAAGAUGGCAAACGUGAAAUAUCUUUAUCAAGGCUGUUGGGCCUUGUGAUUGUAUGUAAAAAUUGAAGAAAAAACAAACAACCAAACAUUUUUUAAAAUUAUUUUUUCUGCUAUGGAACAAGAAUAUUUUUAUUAAGGAUUCUUACAUAAAUUUCUUUUUUAAUUUUCGUCGAGUUUUUUAGUCGAAAUUUCGUUAUAAACUUUAAGGUGAUCCUGUAAUAAAUCGAAUUUUAACGCUCCGUUUCUCAGACAUAUACCUCUAUAACAGCGGCCAUCCACAUCAUUGAUUUUAAUCUUUAUUUAUUAAACUACAUUCGAUUACAAUAAAAUGUUUAUGAUGUGGGUGAAAUCGAUUACGUCGUUCUUAUCAAAGAAACGACAGUGUGGUCAAUUUACCGGCCCAUUCAUUAUAAUAGACCCUUUUCAUGA